AAAUGUUGAGCUUUGAGUUUGUAUAUUAUCAUUUACAAUAAGUGACAAAAUAUAAUCAAAAUAAUAAUAAUUUAAUUUCUUAGUAAAAAAAUUUAACAAACAUUUAAUAUCUUUUAUUAUCUUCUAUUAAACAAUACAUAUACGAAUUAAAAUGUUAACCACUAUAUCAAAAAUGUUUGGUCGCAAUAAUUAUACAAAUUUAAACAUUCUCUUCAAUAAAUUUCAUACAUCUUAUAUAAAGUUAUUACAGCAAAAUUGGAGAAUAAAAAAGGGAUUAACAGAAAAUCCAAAUGCUUUUGGACCUUUGACAAAUAUGGCAGAUUAUUCAUAUAAAGAUGGGAGACCUACGCCACUUGGUACAAACCAAAAAAGGCGCAUAAUUAAACAACAAGAAUAUGCAAAAAGGAUUCAUAAAUUGGUUAAAGAAAUAGAUUAUGCGGUUGAAAGACAUGUAAAAUUACAGGAAAUGAAAGCACAACAAAAACAACGUAUUCUUGAUAGCAAAUUGAAACCAAAAGGAGAUCUUUUAUUAAAGACACAAAAACCUACUACAUAAGACAUAUUUAAAAGAAAAAUUUGUAUAGAAAUAAUAUCCCAUUGAUAUCUUAUAUUGUAUAUAUAUGUAUUUGUGUUAUAAAUACAUUUAUGUAAAACCUA